UUUCGACUUUAAACUUUAAGCCCUGUAUCUAGAAUUUAUAUUAUAAUUAAUAAUAUUUUUAUUAUAAAUUUGUCCUGUAUGACGAUUGACGUCUGUCUCUGUGCUAAACAACAAACCAUUCUGUAAAGCGAGCUAAAUUAUAUUAUUCUUAAUAAUAUAACAAGAGACGUAAUAAUUUAUAUUUUCUUACACCAUUAAGGAAAAGUAAAUACUACGUUGUUAUUAAAUAAAAUAUUUGUUUGGCAAGUGUGACGUGAUAAAAAUGGUUGAACCAGGUAAACAAUUCGAUGUACACUCAACCCCGACCUUAUCAAACGUGGCCACAAUCCAGCCUGAUGUGCCAAUGUUUCGAAAUCCCAUACCUUCAACAUCCACUGGCGUUCUUGGGCCACCAGCUCUACCUCCUAGGCCGGAAAUUGCUCAACCUGGCUACAUGAACAGUGGAAUGUAUGGUAUGGGAGGGUCGUAUGGCAUGGGGGGAUACGGUGGCUACGGUUAUGGAUAUGGUGGUGGUAUGGGUGGAUAUGGAAUGAGUUCUUAUGGUAUGGGGGGAAUGGGAGGCAUUGGAGGAAUGGCACCCUAUGGAAGUUACAACCGCCACCCAAUGGAUAUUGAAAACAGGUUUAUACAAAUGGCAGAAGAGAGUUCACGACCAGCCUUUGACUCAAUACAAAGUAUUGUGAAUGCUGUUGGGAGUGUGGCUAUGAUGCUUGAGAGCACAUUCUUCGCACUGACAAGUUCAUUUCGAGCUAUAUUAGGUGUUGCAGAAAACUUUGGCCGUUUACGAACACUAUUUGCCCAGUUUUGGUCAACAUUUGCUGUUGUAAGAUCACUCAAUUGGCUUAUUAGGAAACUUUUGGUGCUUCUAGGUAUUAGGACUGAAUGUGAAUUUAAGGCAUGGGCGGAAGCAGUGCAAACUACACAAACGGGUGUGGCAACACCGGAACAAAAAGCCAAAGGCUCAAGUUGGCCAAUUCUUCUGUUCUUGGGAGUGAUAGCUGCUGCCCCGUAUAUAGUACUGAAGAUGGUGAAUGGACUGUCUUCAAGUAUCAAUGAGCGAUUACAUGACCCUCACACAUGGCAGAAUCCAUUAAGAGCGGUCGGUCAGCACGACUUUCAGGCAACGACGCCUCAAGAAUUGAGCUUCAAUGCGAAUCAAGUGAUUACAUUGGCACCGCAGCACUUACAGGGGCACCUUUGGAAUUCUGGUUGGCUAAUGGCAACCACAGACAAACAGUUUGCAGGCCUUGUACCAGUCAAUUAUAUAAAGGUCAUCAAACCAAUGGAAAAUACUGACCCCAAAGAGGAUUUGGAGAAAUGUUACAAGCAAGAAUUGUAGUGUAAGCAAUAUUGUUAAUUGUGAUAGAUUUUUACGACUCCAUAUCAAAUUUUGGAAAAGAAAAUUCAUACAAAUUUGACACCAUAUAUAGGAUUGUUAAAAGAGAAUGAGUGUGACGCAAUUUAUUCAAUUGUUUUUUUUUGUGACGUCAUCUUUAAUGUUUUAUCGUUAGCCUCUUAUUUGGUCCAUUUCUGGACGUAAGCCUACAUUCCUGAAGUACGCCCGGUAUUGGCCUCUGCAUCCAAUAAAAUAAAUUAUGUCGGUCAUUGUAUACAAUUUAUAUAUCUAUUAAUUCAAUAUAUAUAUAUCUAUCUAUGACGCAACUCUGGACGGAGCGUCAUCUUAACAGAGCAACGUUAACGCCAUUGUUUGUUUCCGUAUUUUGAACGUACGUUUCAUAUACGUAUUAUAUGUAUCGCAGUAAACUACUUAAAUCAGAUAUUAAAUUAAAUCUCUAAACAGUUAAUUAACAAACUAACGUUUGCCAAAAAAAAAGACUCUAAAAGUAAAGCUGUUGUCGUGACCGCCAUCUUGUUUUACAUUAUUGGUUGGCUUUCGGUCAGACAGAUGGUUAAACGUUUUCGACGCUGCUAUAUCUAAAUGAAUAUGCUAGCGACUUGAUUGAAUAUCGAUCUUUAAGUAACUGUCUAGAGAUUCAAUUUACUCUCUGAUUUAACUACUGCAACAUAUGAAAAAAGUUAGCGCGCGCCAGACAUAAUGUAAAUGUAAACACGCAGGUAUCUCUCUAUAUCAAACUUUAUAUCAGAGAAAAGGGUUAGCCUUUGACAUUUAUUUUUGACACACGACACUUGCUAGACUAAUUUUUUAUAAGUAUUUUUACUUUUUUGCGUCUGCGGCGCAAACUGUUGUUGUCUCUGGCAGAAUGACUAGCGCUGUGGAACACGUCUGCUCCACAGCAUAAUGCUGAGCCAGUUACAACCGCAACACACACACACUUAAAAUGUACCUUAUUGUGGUUAUUUGAUUAUCAUAAUUUUGUGUGUAUUUAAAACAUUGUGUAAAAAAUUUAAAACUGUUAUGUCAAUAAGAUUUGUUUAAAUUAUAAUUUACAAUAGGAAUUGUAUCUUAAAUGUGCGGAAGAAAAUUAUAUAGACACAACUACAAUGUUAAGCUACAACCAGUGUGAUGACGUCAUACCUUGAAUCGCUUUAGCUAUUCCGACAGCUAAGGAUAUAUUAUACAACAAUGUUGCAAACCUGGGUAUACCAAUACGAAAACUAAGGUUCCAACUAUGAACAAAGCGUAUGAUACUAUGGAAAUAAAAGUCUUUAGAAAUAUCAUGUUAAUAAGGUGUAUGAUAAAGAAGUAAAAUUAAACAUAGUUCGAUAUAUUGUUUGGACUUCAUAAGUAUGUAAGUAUGGGAAACGAUAUAGGUGCGAUUAUGUUAUUGUGAUAAACUUUUUAUUUUUUUGUUAAAUGGUGAAAUGGUUAAUAGAAUAAGUUAUUCUACUAGUUUUUACAUGUUAUCUAUGGAAUUUAUUUCGCAUUUCCUCACCAUCGGUGAGCUCUCUAAAUAGAAUGGACUGAAGUUAUUAAAUAAUUCGAUAUA